AUUUGUAACGAGCCAUUAAUUACCGGGUCGUGCGACGCUUCAUUUAAAAGAGUUUACUACAAUUCAACGGCAAAAAAAUGUGAGAUUUUCACUUACAAAGGAUGCGACGCGAACAGGAAUAAUUUUCAUACUCUUGAAGAGUGCAUGAAAGUUUGCAAUGAAAUUCAGAGGAUGGGGUGGGAUAAAUCUAAGAUUGAAGAUGCUUCUAAGUACAAAGUAUCGAUUAGUAGCGUACUUAGUUAUCACGUUCCGGUUAAUCAAGAGAAACACCGUCGAAAGUCUAAACGCGAGCGUAUCGGUCCAGAGUCUGAGAAUUUUAAUGGGAUCCCAAGCGGGAGUCAAGUGUCGUCAAUUACUCCGAGGUACGAUGAAGAUGCAAAGGUGGAUUGUCAAAUAACUCCCUGGAGCGAUUGGACUAUUUGUCAGAGUUGCCAUGGAUACACCAACAGCAGUCGAUCUAUCUUGGUCCAAGCACAAAACGUUGACUGCAAAUUGACUCACUGGUCCCCUUGGUCUCCAUGCCACACAACUUGCGGCAAUGCUGUUCAGCACCGAACCCGAAGAAUCAAGAUCCACCCGCACGGGCUCUACAGUAAGCAAUGCACCAAACUUGUUGAGUUUCGCAAGUGCUCAAUGUUUCCUUGUAUAGCCGAA